AUGUCUGACGCAGCCUCCGAUAUCGAUGGUCAGGUUGCAGUCGGCUCAAGCGAUCAUAUAUCCGGUAUUGACCAGGCCUAUCUCGCUACAGGCCCCGACUACAAGGCUGCCAUACUCUUUCACCAUAAUGUCAUUCGUGCCAACCACCACGCUGCGCCAUUGUCUUGGGACUCCAAAUGCGAGGAAAAUGCUCGUAUCGCCGCCAAUAGAUGUAACUUUGAGCACUUCAUUCCUAAGGGUGCCGGCCAGGGUCAAAAUCUCUUUACAGUCUCUGGUAGGGCCUUUAAUGUCACUGCGGCCAUCACGGAGAGUUGGUACCAUGGCGAGCUUUCCCCGAUGAUGCCUUGGUUUGGCAAGGCCAGCUUACCUCACGACGUCUUUGAGAAAGUUGGACACCUUACACAGUUGGUAUGGAAGGGCACCACCAAGGUUGGAUGCGUCUCUCUCGACUGUGGCACUGCCAUGACCGUUGACGGAAGGCCUUCGACCAUGAACAAGUACACAGUCUGCAAUUACGCUCCCGCUGGCAAUGUGGUUGGUAAAUACGCGGUUAAUGUCGUUCCCCCACAAUCCACCAACGCUAUCGGCUGGGCGGACUAG